CUCUCUCCCCCACCUCUCUCUCUCUCUCUCUCUCUCUCUCUCCUCCCGAUUUCUCUCUCUACGCUCUCCUUUCUCUCUCUCCCAUCUCCGCCCGUAUAUACGUAUACACACACGCGUAGGUUUCGAAAGCUCCACCAACAUCAGUCUGAUCCAAACAUUCACCCGAGCUGUCAAAAUCUUAGUUCUUGAUUUUGAAUUAGGUUUUUCUUUUUCCCUCGGCGAGAGUCAGCAUUGUUAGUGGUAGUUGGAUUUUGAAUUAGGUUUCGAGGGAUCCUCGACUCGAAAGGCGUCGAAUUUGAGGGGAUUUUAAAUUUUAUUUUAUUUUUUGAUUUUUUGGAUUCGAUGUUGAUGGAGAAAGGCGGAGGGGAUGGUUUCCCUCCAAAAACGGCUCAACCGGCGAACGCGCCGACGCAGCCGGAUUUUCCAGCGAAAAGGCAGCUUGAUUUCGGCGGCACGGCGUCGGCCGUGAUGUCGCCAGCGCACACUCAGCAGCAGCAGCCGCUGAUGCCACGUCAGCAGGCGCCUACGGUUGUGCAGAUUCGGCCGCAGGUGCCGACGGUUGUGCAGAUUCGGCCGACACUGCUGCCGCAGUCCCAGAAACAGCUACUGUUAUCCCCCGUGCAAUCUCAGCCGCCUCUUCCUUUGAUACGACCCGUGAAACCAGAAUCCCCCAAUGUGCGGGCAAGAACAAAUGUUGAUGUAAAAGACAGUACUCCCAAGAAGCAAAAACAGUGCAACUGCAAACACUCAAAAUGCUUAAAGUUGUAUUGUGAGUGCUUCGCAUCUGGAAUAUACUGUGAUGGAUGCAACUGCGUAAAUUGUCAUAAUAAUGUUGAUAAUGAGGGUCCCAGGCGAGAAGCUGUUGAAGCUACCUUGGAGCGUAAUCCAAAUGCUUUCAGGCCAAAAAUUGCUGGCAGUCCUCAUGGAAUCCCUCGGGUUGAGGUCGGGGAUAUGGCAUUGGCAAAGCACAAUAAGGGAUGCCAUUGCAAGAAAUCAGGGUGCCUCAAAAAAUACUGCGAGUGUUUCCAAGCCAAUAUUCUCUGCUCCGAUAAUUGCAAAUGCAUGGACUGCAAAAAUUUUGAAGGCAGUGAAGAGAGGAAAGCUCUCUUCCAUGGAGACCAUAACAACAUGGCAUAUAUCCAGCAGGCAGCAAAUGCUGCCAUCACUGGUGCUAUUGGUUUUUCAGGAUAUGGAUCCCCUCCAUUAUCCAAGAAACGAAAAGCUCAAGAGCCCCUUUUAGCGCCCACAGCGAAAGAUCCAUGCAUUGACAGGCUUGUACCACAAUACCAGCAGGCAAACCAGAUAAAAGCUUCUGCUCACUCCCCUUUCUCGGCUUCCAUUCCUGUUGCGCAUGUCAGUAAUGGUGCAAUAUUGGGCCCUUCGAAAGUUAAAUACAGGUCUCUCUUAGCAGACAUCAUUCAACCUCAGGACUUAAGGGAGCUUUGUUCAGUUUUGAUGGUGUUUUCAGCAGAAGCUGCUAAGACUCUAGCAGACCAAAGAAAUGCAAUGGAGAGGCAUUCAGAAGAUCAGAUGGAAAGUUCCCUUGCUUCACCAGCUCAAGACUCGCAAAGCCGGCAGGAAUUUCCAGUUGAGAAAGCUGUAGCAGCAAAUGAGUCCAAUUCAGUAGAUGGCACAUAUUUAUCCACUGGAAGGCCAAUGUCUCCUGGAACUCAAGCAUUGUUGUGUGAUGAGUCCAAUUCAGCAGAUGGCGCAUAUUUAUCCAGUGGAAGGCCAAUGUCACCUGGAACUCGAGCAUUGUUGUGUGAUGAACGUGAUACCAUGUUCAUGGAUUCUGCUUCGCCUAAAUGCUUGAUGAGCCGUGGCUGCAAUAACAAAUCUUCACAGUUGUGUCAUGGCAUGACAGCUGUUUAUGCAGAGCAAGAAAGGGUAAUUUUGACAAACUUUCGAGAUUGUCUUAAACGGCUUAUCACUUUAGGAGAAAUAAAAGAAACGAAGUAUUUUCGAUUGGCCAGGACCGAUUCAGGAGAUUUAAAAGAUCCUGUAAGCAAUGGUGCUGCAAAUACCAGAAUAGAAACAAGGAACCGACAAGAACCUUUCGGCAACGGUGUUGUAAAAUCUGCUGUUCCACUCAGAACUGGGACAUCUCAAAUGAUUUCUGCAGCAACCACUGACUCAAACAAGGUUAUGCUUUCAAAAAUUCUAUCCCCUGCGGAAAAUGGGGACUUAAAACUGAUGAUACAGAAAGAGAUGUAAAAAAGAUUUAGGAAAGAAGAUUCACCCACAGGCCACAGCCAUGCCCACUUGCAUCUCUGUAACCUAGGUCAUUGUCGGCUUGCCCUUGAUGCUGCGGUAAGAUCAUAUCCUUUCAUUGGCAACAGCAAGACCAUAUCGAUCCCGUUUCACUACAACUCACUAGGGUCUGAUCCAUUUCUUACAUUAUUCACUGACCUAUAUUUGUAGGAAAUUUUGGGCAUCUUGAGUACAGUUCUUUUAACAGUUUGCGUAGAAUGCAGAGUUGUAUAAAUGUUUUAGAUAUAGUUAGAUGCCAGUGACCAUUUUAGCUUGUACCGCUCCUCUCUAGGGCCACCUUUUACCAAUUUACAUUGCUGAGGAAAAGAACAGCAGUUUUAUGAUUAUCAUGGUUUUAUAACUUGAGAAUACCUCACAAGAGUAUCAUAAUGGUUAUUUAUGUUACGUUCUAGUCUGGAUGCUGAUUAUUGCUUAUUAAUGAGAUGUUACGCUACACACCCUCUAAGGAUGCAUUUCGAUCAUGGACUGGUGAAGCAAUUUACCAAAGACAAAAGAAAAGGAUACAGAAACCAAAUUACGUAGUAUUUAGUUUACAUUUGGUUACUUUCUGGACUUCAUUGUCUUCACGUAUUUCUUUUCGGUCGCAAAUCCAUGAGAUUUGAAGGUGAGGAUAUGAUGGUGGAGGGGCAGGGGAGAGGGGAGAGAUGAGAACUGGGGGAGGUCAACGGGGAGUUGGCAGCGGCGGGCGUUCGUAAAUUUUUUGGGGCAGAGGUAGUAGGAGAGAAGACAAACGAGGGAUUGGGUGUCGUGUGAUCUUUUGAUUUCAGCUCUGGGGGACACGCGUUGUCUUUUGAGGAGUGGGACUGGGACGGGGACGAGGGAUAGAGGAUCCGAGCCGAGAAAUUUGCUUUUUUCCUAUGCAUGGUGAGUGAUUACUUGGAACCAACAAAACUUUUUAUAUCAUUCUUACGUUUCUCCAGUAGGGCGAGACUGGUUUUCGUUCUCAUUCAUACUCCAUAUUCUUUUCUAAUUUUUGAAGUUGUAAUGCUUGAUGUGCUCCUUCUUACUAGCAGAUGCAUUAUGGUUCAUGGCCUUAUCUAUCAGCUUUUUCCAUUUUUUUCCCUCUCGAACUGACUUCCUUGUUGCUGCGAGAAAUAAUAAGGCUCCGUUCUGCUAAGGAAAAAAGUAUUUAUUUGAAUGACCUGUUUUGUAAAACGUGAAAUAAAUAUUUAAAAAAUAAGAAUCUUAGCGGAACAAGACUUAAAUGCAGGAAUUUGAGACAAUAUACGGUGAAUAGCCACAAGUCACGCAAUUGGGUCCUCAUGUAUAUUUCACAUAGAAUCAGUUGGUAGUUAGUUUAAUCCGAAUCAUCCUAGAGCAAGAAAAUUUCAUCACAGAAAUUCUCGUUAACAAUUUCUACUAGGAUGAUAGUAAAAUGCUACUCCUAUAUUGGCAAGGAGCAAUGCUAUGGACACGGAUGGAUGCGCACAAAUAAGGAUACAGGUGUCCGUCCAAGUAAGAAAAAUUCUUUUAAACACACUCACAUUCAUGUUUAGACCGACACACAACACACACUACUGGUGCAAAAGUGUCUGUCAGUGUGUGCAGCACAUAUACACUAGCGGACCGUUUGCGACGGGAUCUAAGGAGCGGAUAUGUUAUCAUCUUGGAUAUUAUAUCCGAAACGCUUAUAUCUUGUGUGCAAUCACCGGAUAUAGACGACGAAUAUUAUAUCUCUAAAAAUUAUAUCCGCCUAUAAGCGAAUAUAAUAAGAAUGGAGGGAGAGGUGGUGUUAUCAUAUCCGCCCUCAAAAUUACAAAAUACCACUGUCCUUUUUCAAUUCUAUAUCCACCUACUCAUAUCCAUCCCAAAACCAACUGCAUACCCGUUUUAUAAAUUUUUCAAACAAACCAUCUAUCUCAUAUUCCCCCUAUAUAUAUAUGCCCACCCUUUUAUCAUAUCUUCCUUCAUAUUAUAUCCACUCAAAACUAAUCCAGUCGGAACGACCCCUAGUAGUGUGUGCCUGCGUGGAUCUCAACAUGGACGUGAGUGCAUAGUAUUUGUGUAAGUGUAUGAUUGUAGAAAUUUUUUUAAGCGCGUAAAGAAUGAAACAUCUUGUCCCGAAUAACGCUUUGCUAGUUCCAGCUCAUAUGUUGCUGUCCUAGUGUUCCACAUUAGCAAUCAGCAAAGUAGUGUCCCUGUCUUUCCUGGUCUGCCUCCUCUUGUAUGUAUGUCAAUUUUUAAGGCUACAGAAUAUACUCUGCAUAUAUCUCUCAAACACUAUUGGUAUAGCGAAAUGCAUUCUACAUAUAUCUUCCAAACACUAUAGAUUCAUAAUACAUUUUGGUUGUAAUCCAAAAAGCCAAAAGUAUAAAAAGUAAAAAUAUGAGGCUUGCAAACACCUCCCAGAAUUGAAGAGCUUCGUACUUCCGUUGCACCCAAAAAAAAAUAAAAUAAUUCAACACCUAAUUUGUCCAUUAUUAGUGCAUUACACAUACAGACAAUUAAGGGGAACAUUCACAUUUUGUGAAAAAGGACACUUAUUGCUUUUCCAAAUAUGUGAAUUAGAAAAAGAGAAAAUG